CCAAGCCGAGAGCGCUUUCCAGGUCGGCGGCGGCGAGCGGCCAAUCAAUACAGAGCCAGCGAUUCUAAAAAUAGCAACACAACACGGGCCCCAUGCUUCGAGUCGCGUGACUUGCUGGGCGGCUUGGCUGGGAAUGUGACGGCGCGCGCUCUGACACGGCGAGAGGCACGUGAGGAAAAGCAUGACAACAGCGACCUACAUUUGCUACACAGACACACUGUACAUGUGAGAGCGCAGUAGUAAGGGUGUAUGCCGUAAUAAACACAGUGUACUUUGUAGCUCACCAACUCGACGAAUUAUUCGAAUUAUUAUUGUUUUAAAGGAAAGCACGUUUAUCAGAUCUGACAACUCGCUGAACUAGGCCCCCCACGUAAUGACAGAAAAAUCCAAGCACCAGUUAGGAGAAGAUCUCCCCGACAUCUCUUCUUGGAGACAACUUUGCUGGAGUAAAGUGGCCAUGGAAGGAGAGGAGAGUAAUCAGUCCUUGAUGGACGAAUCUGGUAUCAAACGAGCAAAACGGGCCAAGAUGGAGGCUGCGGAGACUGACCGUGGGGAAAGCUUUCAAAACUCGCUGGAUAGUGUGCGCCAUGGGCUCUUGAACUUCGCCACGGCUGCAGAUGAAUUGGAGCUCAGCCUCAAGCGGCAGAAGAUGCCGAGGGACCCCAUGUCCCAUCGCAUCAUCGAGAAACGUCGGCGAGACCGGAUGAACAACUGCCUGGCCGACCUGAGCCGCCUUAUUCCCAGCAGUUACCACAAGCAGGGUCAGGGUCGUAUCGAGAAAACAGAGAUCAUCGAGAUGGCGAUCAAACACAUCAAUAUGUUGCAGCAGCGUGUUGACGAGUCAGAGAAAAGAGCUCAAGAUGAUAAGCCACCACCUCAGCCCCCACCCCCCAGCGACCAGCGCUGCUGUGCCACCAAGUUCUACAUGGGAUUUAAAGAAGCUCAGGAUGAGGUGAUGAGGUUCCUGGUGGAGGUGGAGAGCGUCAGCGCUAUGGACCCGUUCUGCAAGAAGAUAAUGAAACACCUGGAGAAUGCCAGUAAAAAGUUUAUCACAGAACACGUCCCACACCACAGUCGUCUGCGACCGGGUGAGCUGGACAAGCAGGAGCUGGACAAUGACAACAGUGGUCAGCCCGCCUUCCUCCAGAGCUCGUCGGCCUUCUACGAGUCCUCCCCGGUAGUCGGGAGGGUCGGGCAGGAGGAGCAGGGGCUGGCGGUGGACAGCAAGCAUCGCGACAAACAUUUGAGGUCCUUGUUGGCCGACCAGCAGCACAGCGUGGUCUCCAGCCAGGGCAGCGGCAGCGUCUCAGAGACCGGCUCCAAUGGUCUGGUUCCCCUGUUCUCCUACUCAAGUCAGAUGACCAGCAUCGGGGGGUCCGCCGACCCCAGCGGCAUGGGCAGCAGUGGAUACGUCUCCGACUUGUCCAACACAGAGAAAACCUCACCCAACAGCUCCACCUCGUCUAGGGACAACGUAUACAAGUUCAAGCACAACAUCACCAAACGCUUCUCCCAGGAAGGUCACCACAUGCAGCAGCACCACCAUCACCACCACCACCACCUGCACAACGGACAGCCCAGCGACACCAGCUCCAGCACCAGUAGUAGGGACCUGGAGGAUGAUCAGAGACAGCUCAAGUGGAAAGGCACCAAGCACAAGGCGCGGCACAGUGGCCUUGACAGUGCUGACACUCUGUACCGCGAUGACGUCGAGGCCUCCAGCAACGGAAACAACUCGGUCAACUCGGACGAAUUCAACUCAGCGUCGGUCUCCAGUGGUGAUUGUAAGCGAAGAAGAAAUUCUGGGAAGACAUCUGCUCAGAGUCCGGGGCCCCCCACCCUCAACGGGGAGAGUCGGUCGAACACAUCCUCAUUCAUCCUGCCUGGUUUCAUCCUCCACCCCUCCGGGACUCACUACAUGCCCAUCUCUGUACAGAACACAAAUAUCUCUGGACUGCUGGAUAAUUCGCUGGACAAUGAAGGGCCCCCAGUGUUCCACCCCAUUAGCAUUCCCGUUCACUUUCGCAGGCCAGUCAUCUAAGUGAGAUUUGGUGUGUAGAAAAAAAAUAAUAAAACAGGAAUGUGAAACCCUUUUGAAGGGCUUUGUUGGAUUGUUGUUUGUUGCUGUUGAAGAGACGACAAGAUUUUUGUUGACUUCAGUUGAGGCUGAGAAGCAUUGUGUGAUAGAAGGACUCAAGGGAGAGAAGAAGUUAACGACAUUGCGGGUGAAGACUGCCUGUUAAAGCGAAUGACGCUCAUACAUGGGUCUUUUUCCCUUCCGCCUUCAUACGGUUUUGAUCCAUAUAUAAACAGAAAAACUUUGUUUAGAUGAAGAUGCCGUCAAUUUUCAAAGUGUGUUUAUAUUUUGCCAUUGUUAUUUAGUGUGGUGAAGUUUGUGCUUUAUGGUGGCCAAGUUCUCUUGGAGUGAAAUGUUCAUGUUUGAUUUUUGUAUCACUGUGGUGGGCACACUGUAUGAUGCCUUUUCUUGUGACUGACUCAUCAUUUCUACUUCUUGAGGUAUCAGAGUAUGUUUUAGCCUGUCUUAAAUUAGUUUUUAUUUGAAGUUUGGUUCUCUCUGAGAAAAUCUGGGUUGGUAAAACUUGCUGACUGCGCUCAAUCAUCUGUAAUACAUUAAUAGUUUCCUAGUUUGAAAAGACAAAAUUGUUGUAAGCUGUUUGGCUUUCAGAACUAGAUUGUGUUUUGAGAUAUUUGGACCAAGGUUCUAAUUUAUGACCAGAUUUGUUCAUAAACUUAGUAAAGAAGCAGAAAUUCGGAAAUUGUUAUUAUGAUCAUGUCUUUUGGAUGGAAUGUUUACCAUGUCUUUCUGUGCGGUGACUACCGAGGUGUUCUCUGUAGAGAGAUGUUUUUGGAUGUGUGAUGGCUCGGCAUGUGGUGACGAAUCUGUCCAAGCAGCACUCAGCGUAUGGUGAAGAGUGUGUUGAAGCACUGAGUGCAGAUCAAUUUUGGGAUUGUGGAACAACAAGGGUCUAGCAGUUAUCUGAGCCAGGCUGUUUGAAAAGGGGUGGAGGGAGGAAUUGGUCCUUCUGUUCUGCGGAGUCUACAGUCCCAGAGAGACGUCGCCCUGUGUUUGACCGAUGCUGUUUCUGAUUUGAGGUGAAAAGGAUUUCUACAGCUAGCAGAAAAUGGACAGAGGAAGACUGACCAAACUAUUUCUGUUUAGAUGGACAGGGAUGCAUGACUGUUC